UGUGUUUCGCGUUUUCUCCGACAUCGGUUUCGCGAAAGAACGGUGGUUGUUUGCCUCAUUUCUCGAUUCGAACCGUGUUUUCCGGCUUGAGGAUGUCGUUCAAGGGGUCGAAAGUGCAGAAGGUGAUGGUGCAACCCAUCAACCUGAUUUUCCGAUACCUCCAGAACCGCUCGCGCGUCCAAGUGUGGCUGUACGAGAACACGCACCUCCGAAUAGAAGGACACAUCGUUGGCUUCGACGAGUACAUGAACCUGGUGCUGGACGAGGCGGAAGAGUACAACAUGAAGAAACAGAACCGGCGUCAACUUGGGCGCAUCAUGCUCAAGGGCGACAACAUUACCCUCAUCCAGAACGUGCAGAAUUAGCUUCUUGGGACGGCCAUCUCCUUCCUGAACGUUUUGCAUUCAUUUUAGGUUUAAACAGAUUGAAACUUGAACAAACUCCAGUUGUGAAGUUGAACGUGAAAUGUAAUAAAUUUCGUACAAAUAAAGCGGA